UUCCAAUGUCCAUGUGUAUUUUCAGGUCCAAUCCAACCCAACCCGGUUGAAUUGCCGGGGACUGCGAUAAUUCUUUUAUCUGAUAGCUUUCAGUUUUCACAAUCUCCGCUAGAGAGCUAACAAAAUCGAACAUGGAAAGGGUCAAAAAUUUCCUGGAACUAAACAAAGAGGAAGCAGCGAGUGUGUCCCAACUCACCAUUCACCCUCACCGAGUCGGCUCCCAGUGCAGCUUCUACGAAGAUUUCGCCUUACGUGGCAUCCGUGUCGAUCGAGUCGAGUCUGGCUUCGUUUCCUGCAGUUUCAAAGUCCCUCCUCGCCUCACCGAUAAAAAUGGAAAUUUAGCAACAGGUGCUGUUGCGAAUCUUGUUGAUGAAGUUGGUGGGGCUGUUGUCCAUGUCGAAGGUCUUCCUAUGAAUGUUUCAGUCGACAUGACCAUCUCGUUUCUCGGAACAGCUAAGCUCAAUGAUGAGUUAGAGAUUACCUCAAAGGUUUUAGGACAAAGAGGAAGUUAUUCGGGAACAAGUGUUCUUGUGAGAAACAAGGUAACAGGGGAGUUAAUAGCUGAAGGUCGGCAUUCAUUGUUUGGUAAACAAGCUAGCAAACUCUAGUUCCAUUCCAAGUUUCUGUAAGAAAAUCCUUCUAGGGCACUGGUGAAUGUUGUAGUACUACUUUGUACUGAACUGCUUUCUUGCAAGUAUGUUAUGUGCUUUUUAACUUCAUAAAGAUUCUGUAUUGUGGCAAAUGUGUAAGUUCUUAUAACUUCUGUCACAAUUUUUCUUUCAUUAUUGGUUGUUUGUGAUAAUUCAGAUUAUUGAGGGGAUUCAAAUUGGCACAUGAAAUGGAGGGGGAAACUAAAAUUGUGUGGCCAUUAGGGUCUUAAAGAACAAUAGUUGCUUUAAAUAACUUAAUACCAUUGCAAAAGCCAAAGGGUCAAUGGUAAGCCCCAUACACUCCAGUUGCAUUUGUAUUUCACUUUGUCACAGGAGACAUGAGCUGACAUUCUGUCA